AUUUUGGGAGACAAAAGCAUGACGAAAUUUAAAGAAGUAUUUUAGUGAAUUUUUGGUAAAUGAAAGAAAUUAUCGAUAUUUAUUUAGUAACUACUUAAUAAACAGUAAAUAGAAAGGCGCUAAGAGGAUUCGAUCGGAGCGGCGGCUAUGGACGCGGCACGGUGUUAUUUGUGUGACCAUCAGUUUGUUGAAGGCGAGGAACCUUGGUUAAUGUUCGAACAACGCCUGCGCGAAGACGGCCAACCUGACAGCACAUUAGCCGAAUUAUUGGGUGAAAUAUUGGAACAACAGCCUGAUGAACAAGAUGGCCACUCUCCGUUUUUGUGUGAUUCCUGCAAUGCUGACGUUAUGGAAUAUAAUAGUUUGCUAACACGUUUUAAACAUGUACGUGAACGCAUCUUGACUUAUUACAAAGAGAAUGCUACUAUAAAUAACUUAGUGAUGCACGACGAUAUCAACAAAGUAAUGAAAAUUGAAAUGGAUAGCCAAGACCAAGAUAAUUUAGAAUUUGUAGCGGAAAAUGGGGCAGCUUUAGAAGCUGAUCUGGUAGAGGAGGUACCAGAAAAUGACCCUGACAUUGGUAGUCAUAGCUUCGAUUUUACUGCAUUUAAUGAGCAAGUCGGUGAGAAUUCUUUUCCUAGCGGAGGUUUGGAUUUAUCGGACAGUCUUGUUAAUCUGGCAGUGUCCGGCACUUCGGUCGAUGUUCAAGAUGAACCUAUAGAUGACAAAGAUAUUAUAAUAUAUGAGCUAUACGACAAGGUAAUACAAGCUAAUGAUAUGAAACCAACGACUGGCGAUGACCAAAAUCAAGAUUUGCAAAGCUAUAGCAGUACUGAAGAUAGCAAUUUUGUAUUUAUAAAUCCUAGUAAUGCCAACGAAUUGGAUAUUGAGGGUGAUGGCAACGAUAAUGCAUUAGAGAAGACGUCAGUUACAGUAUAUUCCGAACCAACGCCAGUGUGUAAAGCGCAGGGUAAAGCUUUUGUUUGCUUAUUGUGUGAUCCGUCCCCAAGUCUCGCUGCCGACGUCCUUGGUGAACAUUUGUUAAAUUUUCAUGAAAUCUUACACUAUAUGUGCGAAGUGUGUAAUCAAGGCUAUGCUGGCCGGCAAGAGCUUAAAGACCAUACGGAUAUUAAGCAUUCCGCUAUCAACUCUAAGCCGAAACAAUAUUAUUGCGGGGUAUGUUCGCGAUCAUUUACUAGCCACCUGCUGUUACGAUUACAUAAGCGUACGCACACACAUCAUGGAGGUGGCGCAAAAAGCCAUGAAUGUAAAGUAUGUUGCAAGAAAUAUAAUACCAAAGGUAUGCUGGAUGAACAUAUGAAUACUCACACUGGAUUAAGACCUUACAAAUGUAGCGAAUGUUCGAAAGAUUUCGCAUCUAAGUAUACUUUGCAGUCACAUAUGAAAAUUCACACCGAACGCAAUAGACCUUAUCAAUGCGAUCAGUGCGAAAAAGCUUUCUUAAAUCAGCAAAAUCUCAAUCAACAUAAAAAAUUACACGUGCCUUUUAAAGCUUUCAAAUGCGAAGUGUGCUCGAAGUCUUUUAUUACUCAGCACAGUCUCAAUGUUCACCUAAUAGUCCAUUCGGGCCAAAAGCCGUUUUUAUGCCGAAUUUGUGGUAAAGCAUUCGCUAGGAGACCCGAAAUCAAGGAUCAUGAACGUACGCAUACCGGCGAGCGACCAUUUCAAUGCGAUUUGUGCCCAAUGGCUUUUGCUCAACGGUCCAACUUAAAUACGCAUAAAAAAAAUACCCAUUUUAAUGAGAAACAACACAAAUGCAAUCAGUGUGAGCGCUCGUUCAAGCGCAGACGUCUUUUAUAUUAUCAUGUCUUGGCAAUACACACGGGCGAGAGACCACUUAAGUGCAAUAUAUGCGGCGCUGGUUUUGUUUAUCCCGAGCAUUAUAAGAAACAUAUGCUCAUACACAGCGGUGCGAAACCUUUUGCUUGUGAAGUCUGUGGUAAACAAUUUAAUAGUCGCGAUAAUCGCAAUGCCCAUCGUUUCGUUCAUAGCGACAAAAAGCCUUAUGAGUGUAUGGAAUGCGGAGCUGGUUUUAUGCGUAAACCUUUACUGCUGGCUCACAUGAAGCAAACCAAACAUGUGAGCGAUACCAUCAUUGUUAACCAACCACAAUUUACCAAUCUGCCGUCAUUGGUCAGGGAGAUCGUCACAGAGCCGUCUGCAGUGGUAGAAGAUGGCUCCGGUUUGUUAGAAAAUUGCGACGAUACCUUGGUUCAAAUCGAUGGCAAUGAAGCGAUUAGUGAAAAAUAUUUAAAAUUUGCAGAUCUCGAUAGCGAUGGUAGUCAAACAUUGGCUUGGGUCGAUAUCGGUGGCAAUGACGAUAGUAUUAAUAAUAAGCAGUAAUAUAAUUAUAAGAUUAAAGGGAAAGACUAAUUUUUCUUUUUUUGUACGUUGAGAUUAAGCUAAGGGACUAAGCGAAUGAGAAGUUUAGCUUGUAUGUCCGGGCUAAACAAAUUCAUUUUAUUCUAGACAAGUAAGUUUAAGGAUAUCAAUAAGUUUAUUAAUACAUAUAUAAUAUAGUACAGUCGAUAACAAAUUACAAACUCAUGUAUAUGUUUAUAAGGAGGGCGAUUAGUAUUGGUACGGUAAUACAUAAGUAUCCAAUAAAAGUAAGAGUUACAGUUUUAAAUAAAUUUUAAAAGUAUAAUUCGCAAUUAAAUGGAUAUUUAAAAAUCUGA